AUGGCUGCGAACAACACAAGUUAUGUUAACCUCCUGUUUAGUCAAUCUCAGUCCCCAGUGGACCUUGAUUCACCCGAACCUUUUUGGUUCGGGACCCAAGGUCCUGAUGCGUCUCCUACUGUCGAAUCUGCUGUGGAUUCUCCUGUUAGGAAGGAGAGGAGGCCUUGGUCUACUAAGGAGGACAAAAUCCUAAUCGGAGCUUGGCUUAACACGAGUAAGGAUGCGGUGGUGAGCAAUGAGCAGAAAGCUGCUAGGUUCUGGAGCCGCAUUGUUGACUACUACAACAAAAGCCCUCAACUGGUGGGAACAGUGCCUAGAGAGCUUGGUCAAUGCAAGCAGAGGUGGGCUCGGAUUAACGAGCAAGUGUGCAAGUUCGUAGGCUGCUAUGACACAGCACUGAGGGAGCAGAGUAGUGGGCAAAACGAUGAUGAUGUCAUGAUAGCUGCUUUGGAUAACUUCUCCAAUCAGUACUCGGGGAGUGGGAAGGAAAAGCGCAAAGGGGUGGAGGUUGUUAGAGAAGAAGAAGUGGUUAGACCCGUGGGGGUCAAGGCAGCUAAAGCUGCUACGAAGAAGAAGAAGAGUGUUGCAGAAGAGUCCUUGUCCCAAAUACAAGCCAUAAUGGAAAUGAAAGAUAAACUCUCUAAGCAGAAGUUGCUUGACCGUCUACUCGCCAAAAAAGACCCUCUUACUGAGAUGGAAAAAGCUCUUCAGCUGAAACUUAUGUCUAAUAUGUUAUGA